GUAAAGUCCGCUUUGUUGUAGUUUCGCGUCAUCUGCAGUGACACAGAAACAGAGGCACCGUGACGCACGGCCGCGCUCUGGAAACAUGGAUGCGUGCCUUGCGGGUGUGCAUUGCUAAGCGCAACAGAACAAGCAGGACAAAUCCAUAAGGCUUCUUAGCCCAGAGAAAUGUCUUUAGGCUUCAUCCUGUGAGUAUUUAUCGGACGGUUUAGUAGAGAUGACUGACAAACUGCAGCCGGUGGCAAAAGCAGACAGACGGACUCUACCGACUCUCUCCGAGCUCUCUGAAAACGGUGUGGAUGAAGUUCAACAGAGAUUUUAUUAAUGCCAUGGAUGGAACUGGGAGGCUGCUGUUAGCCUUUAACAAUGUGCGUAUAAAGAAAUCCAUAUAUGCAUGCAUGUUACAGUAUAUAAUGAAUGUACAGUUUAAGUAUUCCUACAGAUUACUGGUACAUUUGCCUCUCCAGAGACCUGGAAGCAGUGUCUCUUUACUGUCUGACGGAUUGUCCAGGCUUCAGAAGCCACAGACUGCCAACCCCGUCACCCUGCCAACUGUCUGCUCUCCUCAGCCAGACAACAAAGCUGGUGACAAAGAUAUGUGGAGCUUGUCACCAGCUCCAGACCAGAGGAAUGCAGGAGAAGUUCCCCAACAGAGAAAAUCUAAAUCCCAUCAGACACUGCAGCCCGUCAAGAUGAAAGCUGUCGGCCUGUCCAAAGCACCAAAUCCGAAACCCCCAACAGAGGUCACAGACAAGCCCACCACCUCCAUCUCACAUCCAGAAGUCACACCCAAACUGGAGGAACCUCGAGUGAGUGUCAGCUGUUCUGACCACAUGCGUGCUGGACAGGAGCUGUGUUACCUGUGUAUGCAGCGGGCCCAAAGAAAUAUUCCAGUCUACCUGAGGGAGCAGAAGCAGACAGAAGAGAAAGUUCAGGAGAAACUUUUACUGCUCGAAGAACAACAGAGAGAUAAGCAGUACAUGGACAAAGAACAGGCAAAGCUGGAUGAGCAACGUGAGCACGCGAAGCAGUUUGCUACAUUCAACACGCUAAUGUCUGAGAAGAAAAAGAAGACACGCUGUCCUCUCUUCCCUACAUCGUUUAUUUUCCCGGCUCGGCCCCUCACUCCAGUCAGGAGGAUUCAGCAGCAUCGUUACAUGAGAGAGCUUCAGAGCCAGAUAGAGAGCCAGCGGCAAAACGAGGCUCGAGAUCAGCAGAACCGUCUCCUCAUGGAGUGCCUAGACCAGGACCAGCUGGUCCAAGAGAUGAAUCUGCAGAAGGCUCAGCAGCUCCAGCAGAAACAUGAGAAAAUGAAGCAUUACAAAAAGGCUCUGGACACUCAGGUGGGAGAUAAGAAGUGCACAGACCCUCCGGAGUUUCAGCCUGACAACAACUGGUUGAACCGCUGUGAGACAGCAGCCAAAAACGCAGAGAGCCGUCAGAGGGCGCAGAAGCUCUUACAGAUAAAUUUCACUUCUGCCACUCAGAGGAAGAAGGAAGGACUGCACAAGCGCCAGGAACAGCUGGAGAAAGAGAAAGAGAUUCUGAAACACAACAAGGCAGAGUUAAUAGUUGACUGCAUGAAUCGCUUUGAGAAGAAGAGGGACAUCAGUAAGUCACUACAGGACGAGUGGAGCCGCAGUGUGAAGCUCAAACACCAACGAGAGGAAGAGGAGAGGCGCUUCCUGAGGUCUGCUGGUCAGCUCCUGGUAGACAAGCUCGCGCAGUACAAUCGCUGCUGCCAGUGUAAGAGGAGGACCACCAACUGUGGAGAGACGAGCAUCUGGAAAGACUCUCGUUACCUCUCUGGCUCCCAGUUCAUGAUCUGAUGAAGCCUACAGCAGCACUUCAGCAUCAGUACCUCAGAACCUUAACUCAUUGUGUGACAGUCAUAAGAUGAAAAAAAAAAUAAUAAUAAUAAGCUAAGCAUGUGUGAACUUGGAUGUUUUGAUGCUGUGUGCUAGUCUCUGUUUUAAUGUGAUUUAUUCUAGCUACACUCCUAAGUAAGGCUUUGGAGUUCAUGAUUGUUUUGCUAUUCUCAUAUUUCCUCUAGUUUGUUGUUUUUGCUAUUUGUAUGCCCCACAGUUGUGUUUCGAUGAAAUGAUCAGCAGCUGAUAUGUAGCUUAUCAAAAGGUUGGUGUGAGGUGGAGAUUGUGACUGUUUAGUUCGGAUUCGUACUCGUUGACAGGAUGGUACAACUUUGUAAGGUGAUGAUUGUUAGCUGAACAGAAGAAAUACUGCGCUGUGAUGCAAAUCUACCAGGAAUGUGAGGUUGCAUGAAUUUGAUAGGUCAGUGUUGCUGUGUUGAAGUUGGAGGAAACGUUGUGUCUGUUGACUUGACCUCAGUAAAAAAAACGGAAGCCAAGCAAAGUAUCUUCAUGCAGAAAAUUCUAAUAAUUUCCUGCAAAACAUUUAAAACAAUAAUCCUCUUUUUGGCUUUACUGGCACACCUGCUGUGACUGUACUUUUUUUUCUUUGUGUUUUAGAGAUGUAGCCUAUCCUCAUUGAAAUGUCAAAGAACAACAAGACCUUUGUUAUUUGUUGAGUUGUGUCUCUAUUCAAACCCAGAGAAAUCUGUGAUUUAAUCACAGUAAUUUAAUCACAGCGUGUUUCGUUUGGUCGCCUGUCGCUUUAAGUUCCAGGAGAA